AUGGCCACCUCGCGCGAACAUGGGGGUUUCCACAUCGACACAGUCGCCCGCAUCAUCCGCAACACCCUGCUCAACGAGUGGCUCGCGCUGCCCACCGCGGCAGUAAUCGCCUGGCUGCGCAAGCCCUCCUCCAUCGCCUAUCUCCGGCGCGCGCUCUGGUACGCCGGGCGCUACGACAUCCGGCUCGCCUACCUGCGCCUGACCUGGCUGGGCCGCGCGUCCCUCUACCUCGGCGCUGCCGGCCUGCUGCUGUCGGCCAACAGCCUCCUCAACAAAUGGGCCGCCAACAACUGGACCGCCUCCCGGCCCGGCGAGUGGGCCCACUGGGAGCGCGAGGUCGUCGUGGUCACGGGUGGCAGCGGCGGGCUCGGCGCCCAGAUCGUCCGCGACUUGCUGGCGCGCAACCCGCGCACGCGGAUUGUGGUUAUUGACUUUGCGCCGCUCUCGUGGAAGCCGCCCGCCGGCGCGCUGGGGCGCAACCUGCACUACUACCAGGCGGACCUGUCCAAGCCGGAUGCGAUCCGCGCCGUGUGCGAGCGCGUGCGCGCUGAGGUCGGCCAUCCGACGGUGCUGGUCAACAAUGCAGGGCUGGUACGCGGGUUUGGGAUUAUUGAGGGGUCGUAUGCCGAUGUGGAGGUUACGAUGAAGACGAACUUGACGGCACCGUUUUUGUUGAUAAAGGAGUUUCUCCCGGAGAUGGUCAAGAACAACCACGGCCAUAUCGUCAACGUGUGCUCGACUAGCGCGCUCAUGCCGUCCCCGGAUAUCGUGGACUACUCGGCCAGCAAAGCCGGGAUACAGGCGUUGCACGAGGGUUUAGCGAACGAGUUGCGGUCUCGGUACAACGCGCCGAGGGUGAGGCUGACGAAUGGAGUGUUCAACUUUAUCCGGACGCCGUUGCUGAGCGGGAACCCGUCGCAGCCGCAGUUCUUUGCACCGAUCUUGCAUGUCGAGACGGUGAGCGAGGCUAUAGUCAAUGCGCUGUAUAGCGGGUACGGGAGUGUGAUUUAUCUUCCCGGGAUCAUGAGAUAUGUCGCCAUGCUGAGGGCCGCUCCUGAGUGGUUCAUGCACACUGUCAUGGCAAACCACACGGCUCACCUAGCCGUCGAGUUCAAAGGACGGCAGCAUAUUGACGAGACAGGAGGGGUUCAAGUCGUUAAUAGGAGUCGCUAA